UUAACAUCACCCAAUGCAUACAGAGCGAUCAAUACGUUCUCGCAAACGACCACUUUCACAGCAACUAUCCGCCGACGCAUCACCCAACCAGACUCGCAAAAAGCGAAAAGUCAAGCAUCCCAGCGGGUCCCAGCUCCCUGCAGCGUUUUGGGACAAUCUGUCAGAAAUUUGGUUGACACAUAACGCAGUUCGGGAGCUCGAUCGAAGGAACAAACAAGCUCCAGCAAACGUUUCCCCAAAACGUCAGUUUCUCAGGCCCGUCACCCGGGGCCUACUACGGAACAUUCAAAAGGUUGCGAACGACGGUGGCCUAGAUUUAUCGGAAUUGAGAGGCUAUCCUGAACCUAAAAUGAGUUCUGAUCGAUCAAAGCACCGGGUCCAGAAACACAGCUUGAGAGCCUCCAGAAGUGCUUCACGAGGUUCGAGUGCCUCGCGCAGCACCAAACCAUCGACGACCAAAAGCAGCGGACCGUACGACCGUCACUUUCAGCAGCAUCUCAUCGACCACGGUAUCUAUCCUCCCACGUACGAAUAUCCAGACGGGCGAAUACCAUCCAAACCUAUGAAUUGGGGUGACAUCAAAGAAAGAUUGUCACGUCACCGAUCCUCACUUUCUCCUUCUAAUUUUACGGAGGAAAUGCAUGAGAAGUUCGUUCGAGCUGAUGCUCAUGCUUUUAAAGAAAAGCAAAUCACCGAAUCUGUGAUUUCCAUGAUAGAGGGCAACAAUGGAGAUGCUAGAUGCAUUGCAGGUGGUAUCCCCUUCAGAAAUCUCAAUCAUCUUACAGACGGAACAUUGGUUCCAGGAAACCCUGAUCGUUAUUAUGGAGCACGUCCAGAGCAACUCAACCGCAGAAUACGCAGUGAACUUGAAGACCAAAUCGUGCCAUCCACGCAGCAUGAUCUACCCAUAGCACCAAAUUUCUUCCUGGCAGCGAAAGGUCCUGAUGGGUCAGCAUCAGUAGCUAAAAGGCAAGCCUCUUAUGAUGGUGCAUUAGGAGCAAGGGGAAUGCAUUCGCUUCAAGAAUAUGGCAAAGAUGAACCUGAAUUUGAUAGCAAUGCUAGGACCCUAACAUCCAUUUAUCAUAAUGGCCAGCUCCAAAUGUUUACCAGUCAUCCUUCAAAAUCAACUACAUCAAAUCGGACAGAGUACUAUAUGACCCAGUUACGAUCCUUUUCCAUGACAGACAAUCCUGACACAUUUCGGGAAGGCGCAACCUGGUAUCGGAACGGCAGGGACUGGGCAAAGGAGCAAAGAGACGAAGCAACAAGACGAGCAAACGAGAAAGCUACUCAGAAUAUCAUUAGGUCCGGUGCCAUAAAUACGAGCUUCAGCACAGUUUGUGAAGUAUCGAGUACCGAGUCAAUCGCAUCUAUCACUGAGCAAUCUUAUUUCUCGUUCAGCGGAACAAAUACAAUCGAGACGCAUUCAUUGCAGUCGACACGUUCACUUUCGCCAGAACCAUCUCAGGAGGAAUAGAUUAUGUGUAGAACGAUAUAUCUGAGUCCUCGUGCAAUCAGACCUUCUAUAUGGGCGUUUAAUCUCACAGGGCAUUUCAUGUCACUGGGAUGGGGGUUUAG